AUGGGUGUCCACGCCGUCGUCGCCAACACCCGCAACGAGCAGCAGCCGCUCCUCCAGCCAUACACCCCCCCACACCCCUCCGCCACUGCAGCAGACAUCUACCAGUCCUAUCCCUCCUAUGCCCAGGCUCUCAAGGACGGGGACAAGCAGAAUGGGGAGUCUAACGGGGCAGGACCGAGUAGAGUUACGCUCGAUACUAUAAGAAGGGACAGUUAUGGGACAGCGUCCGAGGGGUCUACGACUGGAGGAAGCUGGAAAGGGAAGGAGCCGGAGGAUGUAGAGAGAGGGCGGGAGAUGGACAUUUAUGACCCGGACGAGCCCUUCGAGCCUGUGAUCGAUGUGACCUGGAAAUACAUGUCAAGAUUGUAUCUCCUCGUGCCCGUCUUUUCCUUGAUAUGGUUUGGACUUCUUGUCCUUCUCGUCACUUUUGCCUGGUCAGUCUUGAAACCUUACCAACAGCAUAUACUCAUUCGCAGUAGGCCUCCGUCGGAAAAGGAAAGACGGGCAGGUCAGCAUUACCCCCUUCCCUUCCUCUUCAACCCCUUCCUAGUCGGCAUCUUUGCAUCUUGCACCGUUCAAACCUUGCGAGUGCCAAUCUAUGUCAUUGUCUCUUGGUUUGGCAUGUCAAUCACUUCCGUGGAGUAUCUGUCGCGAGUCGUCCACACAGUCCUCCACGAACUCCUCCGCCUCUCCUCCCUCCCCCUCUCACCAGCCUCCCCAACCUCAGGCUUCCACUCUUCAUACUACCUCGGCCUCGGCUGGGGUAUCGCCGAAGUUGCUUGGGGAACCGUACAAGGCUGGGAACAGCUCGCUCUGUAUCAAGAAGUCAUGCUGCCCUCUGCAUCAUCUGUCAACGAUAGGAUCUGGCUCGAGUCUUCUCAAGAGGAAGAAGAAGCCGCGAAGAGGGAUGGGAUGUUGAGUUCGGUAGAGGAGAGGGAUGAAGAUGAGAAUUCGCUGCUUGAGGAUGAAGAGAGUGAUAUUAGCAGCGAGGAUGAUGUGUUGGACGAAACCGAGUUGGGCAAAAAGGUAGAGAUACUGGAAAGGAUGAGGGAACGACGAGAAUUGGAAGAGGUCAUGGGUGUCGCCUUCCCUGCCAUUCCAUUCGCCCUCCACCUCCUCUGGCGCCUAGACACCCUCCUCCUCAACCUCGGCCUCACCCUCAUCCUCUCCUCCUUCUACUUCAACUCCACCCCCAUCUACCACCACUCCCUCUCCCCUUCCCCAAACACACUGUCCGCCUUGGGCGACCAUCCCAUGGUCCCAGAGAGAGAACCCAGUCAAUGGCUCUGGCUCGCCUGGGCAGCGGUGGUGCUGGUGCAUGUGGUUGUCAACCUCGUUUGGAGGGGCGUGGCCAAGUUUGGGAUUGGGGCGGUCACUUGGGGUGCGCUGAUUGUUGCGCUUGGGAGUGUGUUUGCCGGCCUUGGGUUCUGGGGCGGUCUUGUGUAA